CUCGCUCCCCUGUUGUUUCCCCCCGUCUCCUGCAUGAGCUUUCCGAUGGGAAGCAUGAAGAUGCUACAAAAUGAGAGAACGAGGAGUUUGCAAAUAAAUAAUUAAAAUUUGCGAAGAGAUCACCCAUUUCCGGAAUCUCAAGCUGACACCGGAAGUGCUGCGAGAAACAUCCGCUGUUAUAAAAUGCACUAGCAUUUACUAUUAGAAUGCCAACAAACAUGACGGGCGCCGUCAAAACGACAUUUCCCUCCGAAUGGGACGACGACGAACGGAUGGAUUUUCUAUUCUCCGACUUCAAGGAUAACCGCGACGUCAACACGAUGGACUGGGACAGUAAAAUGGACUUCUGGACGGCUCUGAUCGUGCAAAGCUGCAGGGACCGCCGUGCCGUGUGUGCCAAUCUGCAGGACCUCAACAAGACUUUCAGUAGGAAAGAAAAAUCACCUCUGGGCUUGACGACUGUCAUCCACUCCAUGUCUAGAUGUGGGAAGCUUCAGAGGGAGUCUGAGUUUGCUGCCAAUGUUGAUUGCGGCUGGCUGUCCUGGGGUGUUGGUCUCCUGUUGGUGAAGCCUCUGAAAUGGACCUUCUCCUCUUUGCUGGGAGGAAGCAGACUACUUUCGGAGGAGUCUUUUGUUGUCAUCGACCUGGUUAAGGAGAAAGCAGCCGAAGUUCUCCGGAUUUACCAAAGCAGUGAAUUUGCAAAUCGCUCCGUCAUGUCAUUUCAAGACCUGUGGACACUCUCCUCCAGCGUGUGUGCCGAUGAAAGCACCCUAUGCAUGGCUCUUCUGCAGCUGCAGAGGGAGAAACAAGUCGCGGUCUCCUUGCAUGAGGGGGAGAAGAUUGUUAAAUUUUGCCAAGCUGGGCAGAGUCGCGUCUCCAGUGUCAGUGAUGUUGAUAUCGGAGUUUAUCAGUUGCAGCGUAGUGAGAAACCGCUGGUGGAUCGUCUGGACAAACUGGGCCUGGAGGCUGAUAAGUGCAGAAAAGAAGCAAGAGCUUUACUUCGAGAAGGGAAGAAAACACAGGCACUGAGGUGUUUGAGAGGCUGUAAAAGGGCAGAAAAGAGAGCAGACAACUUGUUUGGGCAGCUAGAGUCUAUUCGAGGCAUACUGGAUCGCAUAGCCCAGUCGCACACCGAUAAAAUGGUUCUACAAGCUUACCAAGCGGGAAUGACCAGCCUCAGACUGUCUCUCGAGGACGUGACGGUGGCAGGUGCAGAUAGCCUUCUUGAUCAAAUCCAAGAGUUAUGUGACAAACAAGAUGAUGUGAACCAAGCCAUAUCUGGAGUAUUCACCAGUGGAGAUGAUGACGAGUUGGAAGAAGAACUGAAAUCGCUAUUGGAUGAAUCCAACACGAUUUCUGAGGUUCCAAGCGAGCCCCUGCCGAGCAUCCCGGGUGACGACCUGUUGGAUUUGCUACCCGCCGUCCCUGACACGGACAUGAAUGUCGGCACCAAGCAGCUGGAAGAAGAACUCAAGCAACUGACUCUCUAAAGAUACAGAUGGGCUGUCAUUCUCCAUCACUUUGCAAAGGAAUUAUAAGCGCAAAUGUUAAAAUGAUUUUUUUUUCUACCCAUGCGGGAUUUCUGCAGCAUAAGAAAUGAAGCUUUUUGCAUAGCUAAGGCAAACAAAGUGACCUGGAAUUGUUACUAUGUAAAGCCAGGAGCAGUUACCUAGAAGCGAGAGUAAUACUAAAGUUGUUACAAAGUCAAGACAGGUAGAAAAGCACUUUCCUUCUUUCAGUCUAAAUUCCUUUGCAGUGGGUGCAUGCCAAAGAAGAAACAAACUACGCUCUCAUCUGGAUGUGAAGCCUGUGUUAAUUCAAAAUUGUAAUUUGUCGCUGAAAUAUUGUAUACUCUUUGAUAUGCUUUUAAUUCAUUUAGAGUGUCUUUGACAAAGAGAAGCAGUUUUUCCUUGAGUGUAUGUAUAGUUAUAGUGAAGAUUGUCAUGUUUUUCCUGUCCAAUUUUGUUUGCCAAAUGUUUCAUAUCAAACCACACGCAUCGCUCGUGUACUCGACCGAGAAGAUAGUUUUACUCAAAAGAUUUUUUCUGCCAAUAAAAUGUAUUUUAAUCACA